GCGCUCUCAGCGCCUCACGACAAAUGACGUGUACUUUCGUGGGCAGCAGUUCUGUGUUUUUGUGAUUCCCUGGGAUUCUGUGUUGAUUUCCUGUCCAACAUGCUUGAUUUAUUCACAAUCUUCACCAAGGGUGGGAUCGUGCUGUGGUGCUUCCGUGGGACCAAUGAGAUUUUCGCCCCGUCAGUCAAUGCACUGAUUCGCAGCGUCAUUCUUCAGGAACGCACCGGGAAGAAUGCCUUCGACCACAACGGACUCACGCUGCAGUACAAGCUGGACAAUGAGUUUGAGCUGGUCUUCGUGGUGGCGUUCCAGAAGAUCUUACAGCUGGGCUACGUGGACAAGUUCCUCAGCGACAUCCAUCUGGAGUUCAGGGACAAAUACAAGAAUGAACUGCGGGCUGACAGCAAAAAUUUCCGGCUCUUCGACUUCCAGGCGGAGUACGGAGCCGUACUGCGGGCGGCCGAGGAGUGGGGCAAGGCGCAGAUGAAGCUGCCGAAGCAGAUGCGCUCGUACGAGGACUCGCUGAAGUCCAAGAAGACUGUGGCGUCUAUGAUAGAGCGCAAGGGAGAGCCCAAGGAGAACGGCCAGGCGAAGAAGUCCGUGAAGAUUGUGGAGGUGAAGGAGGAGAAGCAGCCCGAGGAGGCGAGUCCCAAUGGUCUCAACGAGGACGUAAUCGCGGCCAAUCGUCGGAAGCUGGCGGAGAAGUUGUCUGGCAAAGGCAAGCCGCAAAACAAGAAGUCACCAAAGUCGCCGCAAGACAAGGCGGGCAAGAAGCCGCGCGUGUGGGAAUUGGGAGGCACCAAUAAGGACCUCGCCACUCUGGAUCGCUCCAAGGACAAGCCCGAGGACGUGAAGAGCGACUUCACGGCCAACAACGAGAUGAUUGGCACUAUGCGCGGCGGCAUUCAGGAUCUGGAGGUGGAGAGUGAGGAGGAAGAGGACUAUGAGGAGUCCUCCAGCGAUGCCGAGACCGAGACGAAGGUCAGUACCGCCAGGACAACUGCUAAGAAGCCUUCUGGGAUGUUCUCGCUCUUCCGCGGACUCGUGGGCUCGAAGAAUCUCACGCAGGACGACAUGCUGCCGACGUUGGACAAGCUGAGGGAUCACCUCAUCUCGAAGAACGUGGCAGCGGACAUUUCCGGCAAGCUCUGCGAUUCUGUGGCCACGAAACUCGAGGGCAGGGUCCUCGGGACGUUCGACACGAUCGCCGCCACGGUCAAGACGACUCUCACGGAGGCGCUGGUGCAGAUUCUCUCGCCCAAGCGUCGCGUGGAUAUCUUGCGAGACUGUCUAGAGGCGAAGAAGAGCCAGAGACCGUACGUGAUGACGUUCUGCGGUGUGAAUGGCGUGGGGAAGUCCACGAACCUGGCCAAGAUUUGCUUCUGGCUCAUCGAGAAUAACAUGAGUGUCCUGAUUGCCGCUUGCGACACGUUCAGAGCGGGCGCUGUGGAGCAGUUGAGGACUCACACUCGCCAUCUCAACGCUCUGCAUCCGGCCGAGAAACACGGAGGAGUGCAGAUGGUUCAGCUCUACGAGAAAGGAUAUGGAAAGGACGCUGCCGGGAUUGCCAUGGAAGCCAUCCGCUUCGCCAAGGAUUCGGGCAUCGAUGUGGUGCUCGUGGACACAGCUGGUCGCAUGCAGGACAACGAGCCUCUGAUGCGCGCUCUCACGAAGCUGAUCAAAGUCAACGAGCCGGACUUGGUGCUGUUCGUCGGCGAGGCACUCGUGGGCAAUGAGGCGGUGGAUCAACUGGUGAAGUUCAACCAGGCUCUGGCCGAUUACUCGUCCAAUGACAAUCCUCACAUCAUCGACGGCAUUGUGCUCACGAAGUUCGAUACAAUUGACGACAAAGUGGGCGCCGCCAUAUCGAUGACUUACAUCACCGGACAGCCGAUCGUCUUCGUGGGUACUGGACAGACCUACACUGACCUCAAGGCGCUCAACGCGAAGGCAGUGGUUCAUGCUUUAAUGAAAUGAAAGGAGAGAAGAUUGUUACCCCAAUUUUUCGGUGUUGGAAGAGAGUGAAAUGAAAAUAAAUGACCGUUGACAUUGAA